CAGUUUUUCAUGAAAGAUAUGGUUGAAAUGUCAAGUCUUGAGAUGGAGAAGCAACAAAUUGGCAGCAACAUUUCAAAGGGUGAAGUGUCAAAAUGCGUUGGGAAUCCCACCAAAGCUAUGGCGAUUCUCCUGGUUUGCUCAAUGGGUUCGUUUCUGUUUUCAGUAUUGAAGGAUCCAUCCCCUGAUAAUGUCCCCUGGAAUUCUCUAUACAACUUCAGUUUAUUCAAUAAAGAUCAGGCAGGUCAGGUACCAAUGGAUGAUAAUAAACGGCUUCUAGGUGGCCUUCUUCCUCAAGGAAUGGAAAAAGAUUCAUGUCUGAGCAGAUAUCAGAUGGCAUUGUAUCGUAAGCGUUUGCAGAGAAAGUAUCCUUCUUCCUACCUCAUCUCCAGGUUACGGAGCUAUGAAGCGACGCACAAAAGAUGUGGACCGUAUACAGAAUCAUACAACAGAACCUUAGAAUACCUCAAGUCAGGGCAAUACAACAGUACUUCACCAACAGAUUGUAACUAUAUCGUCUGGAUUUCGCUAAGCGGUUUAGGAAACAAGAUGCUUACCAUCGCUUCUGCUUUCCUUUAUGCUCUCUUAACAAACAGGGUCUUACUGGUUGAUCCUGGAGAAAACAUCCCUGAUCUUUUCUGCGAGCCAUUUCCCGAGGUUUCCUGGUUGCUUCCACCUGAUUUUCCAAUCAUAGAUAAGUUUGAUACUUUUAACCUUACAUCUCCAGAUAGUUAUGGGAAUAUGCUGAGACAUAGUGUUGUUAGCAAUUCUACAGUGCCACCGUAUGUGUAUCUAAAUUUGCUUCACGACUUAGAUGAUCACGACGAGCUUUUCUUCUGCGAUCAAGAACAGUCUCUUCUCCACAAAGUGCCUUGGCUUAUCUUAAAAUCAAACAAUUACUUCGUCCCGUCUCUUUUUCUUAUGCAGUCUUUUGAAGAGGAACUCAAUAAUCUCUUUCCAGACGAGGGUUCUGUUUUCCAUUUCUUGGGGCAGUAUCUCUUUCAUCCAACAAACACUGUUUGGGGACUUAUCACCAGGUUUUACGAGGCUUAUUUAGCCAGAGCAGAUGAAAUUAUUGGCAUCCAGGUAAGGAUCAUUGGAAUCGUUGGGAAAGGUCCUGAGCCUUUAAAGUAUGUAGUGGAUCAGAUUGUGGGUUGUGCGAGAAAUGAGAAUCUGCUGCCUGAAAUUAGUGAAAAGAAGCCUAUCAUCAAUCCUUCCAAACAACACAAGACGAUGAAAGCCGUGCUAAUCACAUCUUUAAGCGCAGGAUACUUUGAGACGUUGAGAGAUAUGUACUGGACACAUCAAACUGCCACAGGAGAAAUAAUUGAGGUAUACCAGCCAAGCCAUGAAGAGAAUCAACACACCGAGAAUGAGAUGCACAAUAUGAAAGCAUUGGCAGAAAUAAACCUGUUGAGUUUAAGUGAUAAACUGAUCACAAGCCCUUGGUCAACUUUUGGAUAUGUUGCUCAAAGUCUUGGAGGUUUGAGGCCAUGGAUUCUUGUAAAAUCUGAUAAUCAAACACUCACGGAUCCGCCUUGCUCUCGCGCUGCAUCAAUGGAUCCUUGCUUUCAUACACCUCCAAAUGGUAAUUGCAGAGAGAAAAAUUGGGUGGACAAAGGGAAGAUUGUUCCUCAUGUUCAGCAUUGUGAAGACAGGAGUUGGGGUCUUAAACUUGUCGAUAGAGACAAUGAAUCAUAGUGAAUGUUAUAUUCAUUUUUACACAAUAGAAUUGGGAUUGUCUCCAACAAUCCUAAACUUUGGCAGCAGAUAAUGUUCAAAGUACUUUUGAUAGAUCAUAAUGCACCUCAUUUUAUUGAUAACAAUUAUCGCAUCUCGUUAUCGAUCUGCAAAGAUUGAAUCAUUGCAUACUGAAAUGAACAUCUAUUCAGGAAAAAGUACAGAAUUUCAUGUUGCCUUUUUCCUUUGACAGGUUUUUUAAACGGAAAACCACAGCUGUUUUCAGAAGAUUGAAUCAUUACAUUGAUACAGAGCUACACAAACGGAAAACCAAUCGUUGCAGCUAAUCAUAAGCCGUUUUUCCUUCUCACAGUGAGACUAAAAAACUCAUCAGGAGGUGGUUUCCCAGUAAAAAUAAUUUAGCAGGCGAGAAAGUGCAAGUUCCACCAUUGCCAAAUCAAUCAAUCUUCCAGGGCACAUCCUUCUCCUUUUCCCGAAUACAACAUCAGAUUGUUCAUGAAUUCAAAAGAGGACACCAGAAUUUCGGGACUUCAACUCAAUCAUGAUCACCC